AUGUCAUUGUUUCAAAGAUCAGCCUUUACUUUACAACCAUCCGUAUCUUUACUCUUUACUGAUGCUCUUUCAACAUCAUCAUUAAAUAUUACAAAGAGAUGGGCUACCAAGAAAUCAGCAGGUACAACAAAGAAUGGUAGAGAUUCACUUCCAAAGUACUUGGGUGUAAAGAUUUUUGGAGGAGAAGUAUGCAAAGCAGGAAAUAUCAUUAUGCGUCAACGUGGCACCGAAUUUUACCCAGGCACUGGUGUCGGUAUCGGACGUGAUCAUACCAUCUUUGCAACUGUCGAUGGUUAUGUCAAGUUCCAUCAAUCUACUCUUGAUAAAAAUAACAAACCAGCUAAACCAAGAAACGUAAUCUCAGUUGUUUCAAAUCAACAACACGAACAACCACAAGCUUAA